AGCAAGCUUGGGCUUGAAGAGAAGAACCUCCCAAGCUCUUCAUAGAUAAUGAAACCACAGAAAAUCAUAUAAAAAUCAGAAGCAUAGAAAAGGGAAAAUUACAAGGAGUAAAGUUGUGGGGUGAAGGAAAGAAAGGAGAUUAGGCGAUUAGGUUCUGUAAUAAUUUAGCAGGAGCAGGAGCAGCAAGCCAGCAAGGGCAGUUGGCAGUAGUUAGUCUGUCUUUUAAAUUCAUGCAUGUCACCUGUCAGCUUGAGUAGGUAAGCCAAGUCUCUCUCCCUCUCUCUAGCUCUCUCUCUAGGCUCCACUAGCGCAGCACAUAGCAUUGUCUUUGAUCUGUAUAAAUUGGAAUUUGAUGCUUCCUUUGCCCUUUCUACGAGUACCCAGUUGGUGGAUUGGUUUUCCCUUUCGAAUUUAAGCAAGCACUCGAUGCUCUCGAGGGUUUAUGUCAAACACCCAGUUUAGGGGACUCUGCUGACACUCUGCCCAUUCCCACUUCUGUGCAAUUCGAGUAGAAUUUGAUGCUUUUUGGUCUUUCUUAUAGGUACCCUUGUGAGAAUAUUUCAAGAGAAUUUCUGCAAUUGCCCUGAUUCUUGGGGCUCUUGGGUGUUGAUUCAAAGCUUCAACUAGUAUUUACUCGAGAUUGCAUCUCCUCCGGGCAUUAUUCUCCUUCUCUCUUAUUGAUUGAGGCUUCAAGUGAUCCUUCUGAUUUGGGUCUCAGGUGAGAAGAUUCAAAGCCCACUUAACAUCAAUCAAUUGGGUGCUUCAUUGGGUGGAUGGAGUGAAAUUUAGGUCUUGUAUGAGCAAAAGGGAAAAAGGGGACCUGCUUUCUUUUUUGCUGCUCUGGGCUUGAUCUUGGGGUUUCUGAAAGAAGGGUUGGGAAGCUGGUUUGUGUUGAGAUUUUAUGCCCAGUGCAUUGGAUUUCUCAGCUCCUUUUACUUUGUGACCGUGGGAGUCUUUUGCUUUAAGGCCUUCUCAGCUCUAUAAAGCUGCCCUGUUCACUGUUUGAGUCCUGCAAGGCAUUGCUAGCUAUUUUUAGUCAAACUCUCUUCGCCAUUAUUUAUAUGGUUUCUUCCGUUAAAUAUCAAUUUUCGUUCUUGGUUUGAGUAGGUGGUGAAUUGUAGUUCCAUUUCACUUGUAUAUAAUUUAUUCCUUCCCACACAUUCCAAAGGUUUCAUUGUCAUGGGUGUGGAUGAGAAUGCUGACAUUGGGGUUCAUCCUGAAGGAGAUAGUAUUCUUAAUUGUCCAUCUUCAGCAAUUAACACAAAUCCACUGUCUGAGAAAGUUGCUGCAAUGACAAUGAGCUCCGUGCCCAUUUUUAAACCUUCUAGCGGAGCAGACCCUUUCUUCUCUUCUGGUUGGGAUCCUCUUGUUUCACUUGGUCAGGGUGAGAUUGGGGGCUCCUCUAUGGUUACACAUGGUGGGUUUGCUAAUUCUCCUUACCCUGUUGUGCUGGAAAAUCAUGGGAUCAGUGGCACCUCCCACAUGGUUCAGUAUUCAUCUGAUUCGGGUUUUGUCGAGCUAAUGCCGAAGCUCCCGUGCUUUGGAAGUGGAAACUUUUCUGAAAUGGUUGGUUCCUUUUGCAUACCGGAAAUUGGGCAGAUUGCUAAUAGUGGGUGCCUUCCAAUUUACCCCUUAAAUAAGGAUGCUGGUGCUGGAAAGGCCCCAGCAGAUGGAGCACAAUCUCAGGACUGCCAAAUAUCAGGAGAGGAAGCUGUGGGAGCUUCACCUAGUGGGAAGAGGAGAAAAAGAGGGUCUGAUUCCCACCACCCAUUUGAUCCCAAUAAGAAUUCUGAUGGGGAGCAGCAGAAAGAUCUUUCUGGGGAGACUACUGAACUUCAAGAAGAACAAAAUGAUAAAAAACAGAAAGUUGCACAAAACACAGGUGCAAAUUUGACUAAUAAGCAAACGAGUAAACAAUCCAAGGACAAUUCUCAGAGUGAAGUUCCUAAAGAAAACUACUGCCAUGUGAGAGCGAGACGGGGCCAGGCUACAAAUAGUCACAGCCUUGCAGAAAGGGUGAGAAGGGAAAAGAUCAGUGAGCGGAUGAAAAUGCUUCAAGAACUUGUUCCAGGAUGUAAUAAGAUCACUGGGAAGGCUGUAAUGCUUGAUGAGAUUAUCAACUACGUGCAGUCAUUGCAACAGCAAGUUGAGUUUCUCUCAAUGAAACUGGCCACUGUUAAUCCAGAACUGAAUAUUGAUGUAGAGCGGCUUCUAUCCAAAGAUAUUCUUCAUUCUAGAGGCAACAAUGCUGCUAUUCUUGGAUUUGGUCCCGGAAUGAGCUCCUCUCCUUCUCACCCUUACCCACAUGGAAUUUCUCAAGGAAGCUUGUCAGGUAUCCCUGGUAUAUCACAAUUUCAACCGGUGCCACAGACCAUCUGGGACAAUGAGGUUCAAAAUCUUUUCCAAAUGGGAUUUGAUUCUAAUCCAGCCAUUGACAAUCUAGGACCAAAUGGGCGAUCCAAAUUAGAGCUAUAGGGUUUCAAAAGAGAGAUGAAAGGUUAUUUACUUGUAACAGAGAAUUCACAUUUCCCUAAAGUGAUGCACAUUUUACUCGGCUAGAGAAGGGGGCAACAUUGUCAGAGUUGUAUAGGUUUUCAACUCCUAACCGUUUGUUCUUCGAAUUUUUGCAGAAGGAUGACUUGUUAAACUUACGAAACCAUGUAUAUUCUGACAGCAAAAGUUAAACUUUAUUUUGCAAAAAAGAUUGUUUUCAUUGGUCUUGUAGUGAAGCUUUCCGAGGGUUUGUGAAGAACUAUUGCUGAAAAAAUUCCUUGUAAGUGCAUUCAAGUAAAUAGAUGGGUUGAGUGAUUAUUUUGAGUCACUUGUCAAUCA